ACAUUUUGCCAGGUGAACAUUUACAGUGAAAUAAAAUUCACGUCUGCAGUAACUGUUAUUAAUAUGUGAAUGAAAUAUUUUCUAAGCUGUGGUAUGCCUGAUUAUGGCACCAAGAUCUGCAUUAGGCAGAUCCUAAAUACAUAAUUAAGUACAUACCUAGAGCUGCAACACUUUUCCAGCGGUAAGCCCUAGAUCUGUGCCUACAGUACACUACGGGCCUGCAUUUAACGGUCGCAUAUCUCGCAGGAAUAACACGCUUGUCUAUUAAAUCAACAUGGAAAAUUUACGUAUUGAGACAAUAGAAAUGCACACGGGAGGCGAACCGCUGAGAAUCGUGAAAUCUGGAUUACCGGCGAUCAAGGGGAAAACAAUUCUGGACAAGAGAAGGUAUUUAAAGGACAAUAUAGACAACCUUAGAAAACUGUUAAUCUUUGAACCACGUGGACAUUAUGACAUGUAUGGUGUGUAUCUGGUAGAACCCGAUGUGAUCGGUGCAGAUAUAGGAUGUAUUUUUAUUCACAAUGAAGGAUAUAGUACAAUGUGUGGCCACGCAGUGCUCGCACUCGGGAGAUAUGUCGUAGACCAUGGUAUUGUACGGGAGCCAGUAUCGCCUGAGACCAGAAUCGUGAUGCAGUGUCCAUGUGGCCCUGUUGAAGCAUUUGUCCAAUACGAACACGGAAAAACGGGAAACGUUCGAUUUAAUAGCGUUCCUUCAUUUUUGUUUCAAAAAGAUCUGGAAGUUGACAUCCCGGAUUACGGACAUAUGACGUUAGACAUCAGUUACGGUGGCGCUUUCUACGCCUUAGUGCCAGCAGAACGUUUAGGACUUGAUCUGUCCACUUCGUCCACUGCACAGCUAACCAGUGCCGCAGGCAUAGUUACCGAGACGUUGAAGAAUAUUUUGAAACUUACCCAUCCUAAGAAUGCGGACCUUGCUUUCCUGUAUGGCACUAUACUGACAGAUGGUAAAGAUGAAUACAGCGAUGCUGAAACUGCAAAUAUGUGCGUGUUUGCAGAUAAAGAGGUGGACAGGUCACCAUGUGGAUCUGGGGUAACAGCACGUAUCGCACAACAGUUUCAUCGGGAGUUGAUCAAACUAGAUCAAAAACGUACGUUCAGAGGUCCUGCCGGAUCAAAGUUUGUCGCAAAAGCCGUUAAACAAGUGAAAUUUGGCCCACAUGAUGCGGUAAUUGUUGAAGUGUCCGGUAAAGGACAUUACAUGGGUACCAGCGUCUUUACUCUCGAAGCGGACGAUGAAAUUGGAAAAGGAUUUUUGUUGAAAUAAAGUUUAUAAAUCUU